CGCCGAUCUUGGCGCGUCCAAACAAUGACCAUACCGACAGGCCCCUCCACCGCCAGGCUUCCUAUUUGCGAUGUCACAACUGUAAAUGAAAGAUACUCUGGCAGCAUCUCAUUUAAGCACACGGUAUAAUCAUCAUCAAUAUUCCUAUUUUGACGCGGCGCACUAUCGCUUCGUUACCUCACUUCCCACAGCUUCUGUUAUCUCCGCGACGCUUCGAUAGAGCGGGCAAUCAUGCCUACCGCAACAGCUGAAGCUCCAGCGGUCGCCUUAUCCUUUGCAAACAACUUUUGGGGUAAGGACGAUGCUGGAGUUGGACCUCUCCUAGACCGCAUGCAAAAUGCGAAACAAACCAAUGACGAGCUCAAGGCCUUCUAUGCUGCUCGAGCAUCUAUCGAAGAUGAAUACUCCAAAAAGCUUCUAAACCUGUGCCGCAAAGGCCUGGGUUCUCAGGAAACAGGCACACUGAAAAUGUCCAUGGACACCGUUCGCGGUGAGGUGGAAGGCAUGGCGAAACAACAUCAGAGCAUUGCUACACAGAUGAAGACGGAGCUUGAAGAACCUCUUGCUGCGUUUGCAGGUGGUAUGAAGGAACGCAGAAAGAUUGUUCAAAGCACAAUUGAAAAACUGCUGAAGACCAAGAUGCAACAAACACAUCAAGUCAAUAAGACUCGAGACAAGUAUGAACAGGAGUGCCUGAAAAUUAAAGGCUACCUCGCCCAAGGCCAUAUGGUCAUGGGCCAGGAGGAGCGACGCAACAAGGCUAAGCUGGAGAAGACUCAAAUCAGCCUGGCCACAUCGAACAACGAAUAUGAAAGUGCUGUCAAGGUGCUUGAGGAAACAACAGUUCGCUGGAACAGAGAGUGGAAAGCCGCUGCCGAUAAGUUCCAAGACCUCGAAGAAGAGCGUCUCGACUUUACCAAGAGCAGCUUGUGGACUUUUGCGAACAUUGCCUCCACUGUGUGCGUCAGUGAUGAUGCUUCAUGUGAAAAGAUUCGUCUCUCUCUUGAAAACAUGGAAGUGGAGAAAGAUAUCGCUACAUUUAUUAGCGAGAGGGGUACCGGGCAAGAAAUCCCCGAUGCGCCAAAGUAUAUCAAUUUCUGCCGCGGCGACGUGAACGAUACGCAGUCGGAGGUUUCUGAAGAUGACCAGUAUUCUGUGGCCCAAUUCCCACGCAGCAUUAAUCCCGCUUUCCGAUCAGCAUCACCACAGCCCUCCAUGUUUGAAUCUCACAACGACCCUAACAAUGGUAACAUGGCGCCGCCAUCCGAAAGAGAUAACGUUCCCCAGCCACACAAAGCACCCAUGCAAAUGCGGCCAUCAAUGGAUGAGCAGCAAAGAAUGCACCCAUUGCCUGGACAGUCACCGUACGAUAUGGUUCCAGGUGGUCGCGACCAGCAUCGCAUGCAUCAGCCUCCUGCUGCAUCUCCAUACGAUAUGCUCUCCAACGCACCCUUGGCUGCAGUCCCCCAUGACCCAUAUCCUAUGGAUGGCAUGACUAUGCUUUGCAGAACCGGCCCACCCUCUGAUCGAAGCUCCCAGGUCACUUCGGCUCGUCCAGCAAGCCGUGAUGACUUCCACAGCGACUACUCCAACCCAACAUCCAUGUCUAGUGUUGAGCACCCUGCUGGUAACACAUCUCCAGUCAAACAAGAGCAUGAUAUGGCAGGUUCUCCGGAUAAGCGUGUGUUCAAGAAGAAGAGCGGCUUCUUCCAAAAUCACAGCCCCUUCCGUCGAAAGAGCACCAAGGAGCUCAACAAUCCCGUGGAGCCCAAGCGUAGCAACUGGCAACCUUCCCACAGCCGGGAAUCAAGCAACUCUCCCAGAAAGCUGCAGCACUCGGGCCGCGGUGCUAGCCCUGAGCCUAUCGAUGCUAACGCAAGCCUUGCGCUGGGAGUUGGUCAAAACGUCUUGCCUGUUACUACUGGCGAUGCCCAUAGUCACCACAACCAAGGUGCCGAUGAAAGCGAUCCCAUUGCUGCCGCCCUCGCCGAGUUGAAGGUUAGCAAUAUUGGAAAGCAGGCUUCUGUCCGUAUGUCUGCCGAUCGCUAUCAUGGGCUGGCUACACCUGCGCCUGGAAGCGCUGCUGGUGGUGCUGUUGUUCGAGGAACUCCUCCGCCCUACCAAAAUGCGGCACCUGUAUCUCGUCUAGGCGUACCUCCCCCAGCCGUGACUUCAAAGGCGAUGAAACAGGCUACCAGCAAGGUAGCCCAUAAGACUCGCAGCAUCUUUGGAGAGGACGGCCGAGAUGGAGGCAUGCCUAUCAAUAGCCGCCCCAGCACAAGAGGAUAUGACAUGCCACGCUCUGCCUCUCCCGCUCCGGCACGCUCUGUUUCGCCUCAACCUCCCAUGGGUAAUGAUACUAGAGGCAGUUAUCGAUCUGCUUCUCCCAAUCCUCAUGCACAAGCCCGCCACGGUGCCCACCACCCUCGUAGCGGGUCAGAUAUGGGACAUUACCGCCAGCCAUCGCAUGCAUCUAUGCGCGGAAGCUCACCAGCAUCAUACCGAGAAUCGAGCCGCCCUCGCAGCAGUUAUGGUGGAAACGGAAAUGAUAUGGCUAUACAGCUUGCCCCUGCUGGCGAUGAUAUGUACGGCUCUCAACGUGGACGUGGAGGCUACGACAACUCAUCUCGUCAACGUAGCAAGAGUGUUGUUGAUCCCUCCAGACAGUACACACCUGAUGGCAGGGUAGUUAUUCAUUUUGCCCGAGCCUUGUACAUGUACCAAGCAGCCAUUCCUGAGGAGCUCGGUUUCAACAAGGGAGACGUUUUGGCCGUUCUUCGCCACCAGGAUGACGGAUGGUGGGAGGCCGAAGUACACAACGGUAACGGAAAGAUUGGGCUGGUUCCCAGCAACUAUCUUCAGUCAUGCUAAAUGUGCUCUGCGAGUCACAUUGUAAUGUAAACGACGUUUAGAGAUUUGGGACGGCAAUCUUUCCAUGGCUUGUAUAUGACACGGAGCUUGGUUAUUUUUUUCUGCUAGAGAACGGAUGGAUUCAUGUAUUUUUUUCUCCUUUACCAACUGUUUUCUUUUUUUUGUCCGUCAUAGUAACAAACAAAUUUGCCUUUCAGUUGUAUAUGCCCUUCGGUGACCGCUCUACACUUUCCCACAAUACAUAUAAAUUUCAGAAUAGUAAAAUAGAAAUCCGUACAAAAUAUAUUAGGCUCUUUACUCCUUUUAGGACAGAUACGUAAUAUUAAUAUGUCGAUAUGGGUGACCGUACUAAACUGUUGGUAGGCG